AGCGUGUUUACCUAUCAAUUGCAAACUUUAAACGGAUUUUAAACAAGAUAACCCAUACUAUACGCUCGUUACCCGACGAGCAGGCUGUUUAAAUCAUGGCUGUUUUGCGAUCGUAUAGUGUUAUUUUCUUCCUAAUUGCCAGCAUUCAACUUGCAGCUUCAUGUACUUGGGGAGAAUACGAAAGAUGCCCCUCGUGGGAUAGUUGUUCAACAAGUUGUGGAGGCGGACAACAAUGCAGAACCUGCUUGAGUUGCUACUUGAGCCAACACAAACGAUUCUGUCAAAACUGCAACGAGUAUUGCCUGAAUGGUAACUCAUAUGUAGGUGGGAGAUGCCAAUGUGCUAGAUGGAGAUCGGGCUCGUGCUGUGAGGCCUGCAGUUACAUCGACAUCCCUCAUUGUGUCCCUGGACAACAACAAUGCGGCGGGUCCCCUGAUGGAAUCAUGUGUACUCAGUGUGAGCCUGGAUAUCAUUCAGGAGGAUACAACCAAGGAUGCAUAGAUAUCGAUGAAUGCGCUGCGGGAACGUCAGGCUGUGAGCAACAAUGUCACAAUACACAAGGGUCAUACGUAUGCAGUUGCUUAUCGGGAUAUUGGUUAUGGACGGACAAACAUACCUGCAAUUAUGACAAUUGCACGUUCGAAUCUGAUUCCACGUGUGCAUGGACUGACGUAACGUCCGGUGAUGACUUUGACUGGACACUAACUUAUGGUGCCAGGGGUAAAUAUAUGUACAUCGGGACUAGCGGUUCUAGAAAAAUAGGCGAAACAGCUUGGCUGACAAGCCCUAUCCUUCGCCCUACGUUCUUAACGGAAAGAUGCCUUCAGUUCUGGUACAACAUGAACGGGCCAUCUAUUGGGUUAUUAAGUGUGUACAUGACCGCGCAUGGUGAGAAGCCCGGGUCUUUACUGUGGAGAAUGUCUUUUGACCAGGGACGGGAAUGGAAAAGUGCUUCAGUAAACCUGAGCUCUCUGGAGCAGUAUCAGAUCAUUAUUGAGGCGGUAGUUGGCAACAGCUAUUUCGGAGACAUCGCCAUUGAUGACGUAACAAUUCUUCCGACAGCUUGCCAGCAGGAGAAGAGAUUGCUGAUUGGCUGAGAGUCAUGAUUUCAAAUUGUUAAGGAACAAUCCUUUUACUACAUCAUUAAUUCGUUUUGUUAUUUGCUUGAUACACAUUAAAACGUAUAAACAAAUAGCAGGUAACAUAUAUCACUUAAUACAUAACAAUUGUUGUAUUACUUUGCUUAAAUGUAUUGCAUCAUGUGUACUUCAACUGCAUUUUAUGAAAAACUUUUGGGAAUUCACUCUUACAAAAACAAAUGAUUGACGAGUAAUUCAGAAUACCAGAACUCGGAUGAUAAACGGACAAGUUUUGUUUCAGACUUUGAAGAUCGUAAUAAAUAGUAUGCUUCACAGUACUCUAUCAUACCUAAUUACCAUACGAAAAAGUGGGGAUUAUGUGGUGAUCUCCGCCGUCUUUCCGUCAGUCCGUCCAUCCGUCCGUCCUGGUAACUAUCUCCUUCUACACUAUAAGCACCAGACAUGGUAGCUAUGAAUAUAUGUGCGACGGUGACAGUAACAGAAUUUUGAUCUGACCCCUGAGUUAAAAGUUAUGGGGGUUGGGGUUGGGUAGUGUCAGUGAUUCGAAAAAGGCUCAUAACUUUUGUGUCCUUUCAGAUAUUGCUUUCAUAUUUGGUAUGCUUGUGUAUCUGGACAACACCUUUCCAUGCACAUACAAGUUUUUACCCCUGUGACCUUGACCUUGAACUUUAGGUCAGCGUUCAGGUUUCGAAAUCUGCGACCGCGAUUCGUUAAAGGCGAAUUCUCCUCUGUCCCUUCAGAUAUUGCUUUCAUAUUUGUUAUGCAUAUGUAUCUUGACAAUACCUUUUUAUGGGAAUACAUUUUUUUACCCCUGUGAUCUUGACCUUGAACUUGAGGUCAGCGUUCAGGUUUCGAAGUCUGCGACCGCAAUUCAAAAAAGGCUCAUAACUACUGUGUCUCUUCAGAUAUUCCUUUGUUAUUUGGCAUGCAUGUGUAUCUUAACAACACCUUUCUAUGCCCAUAAUUUUUUUACCUCUGUGACCUUGACCUUGACCUUCAACUUGAGGUCAGCUUUCAGGUUUUGAAAUCUGCGACCGCGAUUCGAAAAAGGCUCAUACCUACUGUGUCCCUCCAUAUAUUGCUUUCAUAUUUGGUAUACAUGUGUAUCUGGACAAGACCUUUCCAUGCGCAUAUAUGUUUAACCCAUGUGACCUUGACCUUGCAGUUAGGGUCCGCGUUUAGAUUUUGAAAUCUAUUAUGUGGUUAUCACCGCCGUCUGUCCGUCCGUCCAUCCUGGCAACUAUCUCCUCCUACACUAUUAACACUAGAACCUUAAAACUUACACACAUCGUAGUUAUGAGCAUUGUGCGACAGUGAAAUAUUUGGAAUUUGAUCUGAAACCUGGGUAAAAAUUUAUGGCGGUUGGGAUGGGGCCGGGUCAAAAUUUUUACACAUUUUUAGGUCAGUUUACAAAUUAACUUCUACAUUUCUACACCAAUUUACUUCAAAUUGAUACUUAACAUCUCUCAUGACAAUACGGUCAAUCGUUACUAUGCAUGGCCCAAUAACCAACCAUAGGGCGCCCCUGGGUAAAACAUGCGGCGUGGAAAUACGCUUAUUCAAUGGUAUUUUUGCUAGUGUUGGCAGUAUUAAUAACAAAAUAUUACUGGGUCAGUAUGCUCUUGUUAUAAUUUUUUAUUAUUGUUAGUAUUGUUAUAUUAAGUAAACUUACUAUUUUAUUAUUAUCAGCUUAUAAGACAGGAUUAUGUAGUUGAGCGUUAACUUAAUGCUUGCAUGUUCUUACUCGUACGAAUUCUAUUGAAAAAAAAAAGACCAAUAGUAACCAGGAAAUACUAAUUAUGA